ACUACAGCUGUUGUUAACUCCGUGUCUGUGACUGGUGAGCCUUCCUCUCCAGUUUCAAGCCAACUGCUGCGAAAAGGAGGCUCAGCUCUUCAGGAAGAACUGAAGUAUCAACUCAGAUAUUCAUCAUCUCUAAAGAAGCUCAUAGUAACCAAAGGGCAUAACCUGCCCUGUGAGUUUGUGCUGCACGUGGUAUCGAUGCAGCCCCGCCACCCUGUGCUGCAGUGUGAGGAAUUAACGGAUGCCGUGAAGAGUUGCCUGUGUCACUUUCUGAACAGGCGACCUCUCUCCAUUUCUUUUCCAGUAAAUAGGUCAUUAGAAUUGCCUCUUGAUAUAGUGGCAGAGACUAUGAUUGAAGCAGUUUUAAAUUUUGCCAGCACACACCCAGAGAAGCAGAGAGAAGUGCAGUUUGUAAUUUGUCCAGAUAUCUAUGAUGCCUAUCAGGUUUUCCAGAGAAAAAUGUAUUCAGCAGAACACAAACUGAGAAACAGAAGUGACCCUUUGAGUACAGAGUCAUACAGUCAAAGGGAAACAGAGACUGCAAAUAACCUACCAGCGAUUGAACUUCGAGGGAACACACAGACAGCACUGGAAGCAGCAGAAUCGUGGCUCCAAAGCCUGGUACAAAUUCAGGAAAGUCGCAAUGCUGUUAUUGAAAACAACUACAUUUUUUGCCUUGGUAAAAAUGAGUUUGCAGAACUGUCUCGAGAGCAGCUUUCUGGUGUGUCUGUGUCAGAAGAAGUGAGAGGUGGACAAGCAAGACUGGAAUUUCAGGGUCCUCCUGAUGCUGUGAUUGAUGCAGUGCUCACAACUGAAAAACUACUGCUUCGUAUGCAAGAGAAGACUAUUGCUGAACAAAAGGAACUGCUCUACUUAAUGUGCCAGCCAGAAGCAGAUCAGCUUUCGGAAGACUUUCACAAGACAAAUACUGCUAACUACAUCCAGAUUUCGCUGGUAGAACCACAACUCCGGGAGUUCAAAGACAGACAGAAACAGUUUGACAGAGCUGGACUUCAUGUUCACAAGAUUGAAAAGAUACAUAAUCCUCUUCUAUCUGCUGCAUUCCAACAAAUGAAAAAAAGAACAGAAGAAAGACAAGGUACCGGUAAAAUAACCCACAGGUUGUACCAGCAAGUUCAUGCUCAGUUCUGUAGCUCGGUUUGCCAAACUGGAUUUCACAGGAUGUAUUCUGUACCAACAGAUCAAAAUUACGGAGCUGGCAUCUACUUUCAAAGGAACCCACACAGCCUACUUAAGGGUAAAAAUAAGUGGGAAAUAGACUCCACAAUGUAUGUAUUUGAGGCUGAGGUAUUGACAGGUUCAUAUACUCAAGGCCAGUCAUCUUAUAUUUUGCCACUGGCCAUGACAGGGAACACCUUCAGUGUAUAUGACAGUAUAGUAGAUGAUGUAAAGUCUCCUGACACCUUUGUCAUUUGCAACAGUUUUGGGGCCCUUCCACAGUAUUUACUGACUUGUUCCCCAGUGACUAAGAGGUACAAAGCCCCCUGGGGAAACCAGCAGCAUCCUGAGUGA